AGCAGAUAGAUGUAGAGUCUCUUUCUAGUGUUGCUGAGAUUACAGAGAAAUCUGGUAACUUGCAGGAGUAUUUCUUUAGUCUUGUGUGAGCUCUGUACAUGAGGCACAGAUUGCUUUUAAACAACAGCAGCAGCUUAUACAUUUGUUUAUAUGUGGCCCUCAGGCUGCGUAAGCCUUUUUCAAUUGUGUGAGAUGCUGUGGCUGCACAACCUGAUAGAAUCUCUCCUUAGACAUUAAACCCGGAGUGCCACUGGCGAGGAACGGGCGUGUUCGGCUGCUGCCUUCAGUCUCUGGUGUCGUACUAUGUUUACCCAAAAAGGAGAGACUGAGACCCUGUUAUUUUAAUCUUUGACUUCUUAUUGGAUUAUAAUAUAAGUGUCACAACAAGCUGAAAACUGCGGGAAGAGCACUGGGGAACUGGGCAUGAUUGGAUCCUGAACGGAAGGAGCUGGCACUGAGGAAAGGAGGAAGGGGAGGAAUGGCAUCCCGGGAGAGGCUGUACGAGCUGUGGAUGCUUUACUGCAGCAAGAAAGAUCCAGAUUACCUGAAGCUUUGGUUGGAUAGUUUUGUUUCUAGCUAUGAACAGUUUUUGGAUGUGGACUUUGAGAAGCUGCCAACUAGGGUGGAUGACAUCCCUCCAGGAAUAUCACUGCUUCCUGACAAUAUUCUUCAGGUCCUGAGGCUCCAGCUGCUGCAGUGUGUCCAGAAAAUGUCAGAUGGAUUAGAAGAGCAGCAGCAGGCUUUGUCACUUUUGCUUGUGAAGUUCUUUAUCAUCCUUUGCAGGAAUUUGGCUAAUGUGGAAGAGAUUGGGAUGUGUUCAUACAUUAAUCACGUUAUCACCAUGACUACGUUAUACAUUCAACAGUUAAAAAGCAAAACAAAAGAGAAAGAAAUGGCAGAUCAGACACCAAUAGAAGAAUUUGUGAGACAUGCACUGGCUUUUUGUGAAAGUCUCUAUGAUCCAUAUCGCAACUGGAGGCAGAGAAUUGCAGGACGUAUCCUUAGUACAGUUGAAAAGAGCAGACAGAAGUAUAAACCGGCUUCCCUCACUGUUGAGUUUGUCCCUUUCUUUUAUCAAUGUUUCCAAGAAAGUGAACAUCUCAAGGAAAGCCUGAAAUGUUGCCUGUUACAUCUCUUUGGAGCUAUUGUGGUUGGUGGUCAGAGAAACGCUCUGCAAGCAGUAUCUCCUGCUACCAUGGAAGUCUUGAUGCGUAUUUUAGCAGACUGUGAUAACUGGGAUGAUGGGAGCCCUGAGGAAGUGAGCAGAAAGGCAGAGCUUACUCUGAAGUGCCUGACAGAAGUUGUCCACAUUCUCCUUAACAGCAGUUCUGACCAGCGUCAGGUGGAGACCAGUACAAUACUGGAGAACUAUUUCAAGUUGCUUAAUUCAGACCAUUCAGCUUUACCUAAACCAAGGCGAUGUAGGCAGUGGGAGAGCAGGUUCAUAGCACUACAGAUCCAAAUGUUGAAUACAAUCACAGCCAUGUUAGACUGCACAGACAGGCCUGUUCUACAGGCAAUUUUCCUCAACAGUAACUGCUUUGAGCAUCUCAUUCGACUGUUGCAGAACUGCAAGCUGUUUUUAAAUGCUAACAAUAAAGUGGCAGACAAGAGUGAAAAAGACCUUGCCAACAAAUUACUGACAGAAAUGAAUGAGGACCAGGUAUUUCAGGGACGUCUAGACUGCUUGGCAGUAUCAACCAUUCAGGCUCUCACAGCAGUAAUGCACAAGUCUCCAGCUGCUAAGGAGGUCUUCAAGGAGAGAAUCGGUUAUGCACAUAUCUACGAGGUACUUAAGUCACUGGGUCAGCCCUCACGGGAACUGCUGGAAGAACUCAUGAAUAUGGCUGUUGAAGGUGACCACAUGGCUGUUGGGAUAUUAGGCAUUAGUAAUGUCCAGCCAUUAUUGCUGCUUAUCCAAUGGCUUCCAGAGCUUGAGUCACAUGACCUGCAGAUUUUCAUUUCAAAUUGGUUGAGGCGGAUCUGCUGUAUUAACAGGCAGAGUCGUGCCACGUGUGUCAAUGCAGACAUGGUCAUCCGUAUCAUUGAGACACUAAAUCACCACUCUGCACUCCAUUGCACUUGUGCAGAGAACCUGAUUGCCCUUCUGGGCUCUUUAGGGAGCCAGUCAAUGGGGUCAGAAGAACUGCUUCAACUAAUACGGCUCCUUAGAACCGAGGAGCCAAAACAGGCUCACCCUUAUGUUAUUCCAGUGAUGCGAGCCAUUCUGGCAAUGGCUCGGAAACAAGGCAUGGCUAGUGCCUUGCAGUAUUUCAACUUGUGUCACAGCAUGGCGGGAAUUGCUGUUCCAUCAAUUCAGAGGUGGCCAGGCUCUGCAUUUUCUUUCAAUGCUUGGCUCUGCCUUGAUCAAGACCAGGUGGACCCUAGCACAGCUAGCAAAACUGGCAAGCGGAAGCAACUGUAUAGCUUUUUUACAGGAAGCGGUAUGGGUUUUGAAGCCUUUAUCACAUGCUCUGGUGUAUUGGUGGUAGCAGUUUGCACAAAGAGGGAAUAUGCGACAGUGAUGCUGCCUGACCACUGUUUUUUUGACUCACUCUGGCACAACAUAACUAUUGUUCACAUGCCUGGAAAGAGACCCUUUGGUCAGAGCAUUGUGUACAUCUAUGUCAAUGGACAGCAGAAGAUCUCUGCCCCACUUCGAUUCCCUGCCAUGAAUGAACCUUUUACUUCUUGCUGCAUUGGUUCAGCUGGUCAAAGAACAACAACUCCUCCUCCAUCUCAGAUACCAGAUCCACCUUUUUCUUCCCCUGUCAUGCCUCACCGUACAUCACUUGGGGGCAUUCUCUCUCCAGGAAGCUGGGGUGGGAUGCUUGCAAAACCAGAACUCAUCACCAAGAUGAUCUCAGCAGGGACUCAGGAUAGUGAAUGGGGAUGUCCAACAUCGUUGGAGGGCCAGCUUGGUUCAGUUAUCAUUUUUCAUGAAGCACUGCAACCCCCUCAGGUGAAAGCAUUGUAUUUGGCAGGUCCAAACUGUUUAACUCCAUGGAAAUCUCAAGAGCCAGAAGUAGCAGAUCUCCCCAGUAAGGUGUUGCUGCAUUACACGCCAAAGGCCUGCAGAAAUCCAAUUUGUCUUGACCUGUCUGCAAAUCUCUUGCAUGGAAGACUAACUGGAAACAAAGUAGUGAACUGGGACAUCAAGGAUAUGAUCAACUGCAUUGGUGGAAUAAAUGUGCUGUUUCCGUUGCUGGAGCAGAUCAGUUUUCUUGGUAGACAGAUGCCUGAGAAGUCUGUAGGGGAAACUCCACCUCCUGAAGUAGUUACUCCUGUAGAGGGAGACUGGGUGGUAUUGUCAUCCACAAAGGCAUCAGAGGCACGCCUGGAGAAGAACAUUGUUGCAACUUUCAUCUUGAUGAUUAAACACUUCAUUCAGAGACACCAUGUUAAUCAAGAAAAUCUCGUUCACUCCCAUGGAGUUGCCACCCUAGGAACCUUGUUACAGAAGGUGCCAAGCAUCCUAAUGGAUGUGAAUGUACUGAUGGCUGUACAGCUGUUGAUAGAGCAAGUCUCAGUUGAAAAGAACUUGCAACUUCUGCAACAGAUGUAUCAACACUUACUUUUUGACUUCAGCAUCUGGAACAGUGGGGACUUCCCUUUCAGAAUUGGGCAUAUACAGUAUCUUUCUACGAUCAUCAAAGACAGCAGAAGGCUCUUCAGAAAGAAGUAUGGUGUACAGUUUCUUCUAGACACGCUGAGAGUUUAUUAUGGGAGUGGCAGCAAAGACAGUGAUUUAACUCCUGAUGACUUGAGAACUAUACAGACAUCCCUUUAUGGACUGAUCAAAUAUUUUCUAAGCAAAGGUGGAACACAUGAAGAAAUACAGAGCAUUGUAGGAUACAUAGCUGCUACCACUGAAGAAGAGCAGCUCUGUGGCAUCCUGGAAGUUCUGUUCAGCCUUCUUCAUUCCAGCUCAGCCCCAGAUCAGCUUUUUUUAUUGCUUUUUGAACCAGGAAAUGCUGAUAUUCUUUAUGCUUUGUUAUUGCACCAGAGGUACUCUGACAGGCUUAGAGAACUUGUGUUCAAGAUUAUGGAAGAGAUGCUGAAAUGUACUAAAGUUUAUGAACGUAGUAAGCACCGUAUGAGACUCAGAGAAGUGGGGUACUCUGGACUUGGACUCCUUCUGAAUGAAUCGUCAGUUACUAUUUCUCUCAUAAAAAACCUUCUUAACCAAGUUCUCCAUGCAGAUCCUGCUGUGAAUUAUAAAGAUCUUUUAGCUGUAGUGCAUCUGGCUCAUAGAUCAGAUAUAAACAUGAGAGUGGUUAUCUGUAGAAAGGUUUUGCAUCUUUUGCAUUCCCAACUGGAUGCAGCACAACAGAUUUCUCAGCAGCUGGGCUGGCAGGACACUUUGAUCAGACUCUUCCUGAAAGAAAAUUCUGAGGUCCGGAUUGGCUUUAGAGAAAACAGGGCUGACUCCUCAAGGGAAGAGGAGAAAAAUCCUCCUGCUGAAGAACUUCAGAAAUAUCAUGCUGAUAAGAUGGAGGGAGAUAAAGUUGAUACCUUUGCAUCUAUAAAUGGAUUGUUUGAUCAGUGGAGUUUAGAAGACAAUAAAUCCUUGGAUGUCCCAGCUCAUUUCUCUGCUAUGCCACUGGAAGAUGCAUCCACAGCAGAGAUGUCUUUCAAGUCAGAGGACCGAGAAGAUUUGUGGCGCAGUAAUCCUUCACACCUGAGUCUAGAUCUAUCCAGCGUUGACUCUUAUGAACUAGCUGACGUUGUGAAUCAGAUGACAGAUAGCCUGCCCAGCACACCAUCACCUAUAGAGAACAGAAAACCAUUUUCUGGGCAGCCUGAAAAGGAGCUAGAUGUCAUAAGCGCUGUGGGCUUCAGUGCUGCUGAUCUAUCUUCAUUUGAAAAUCAAGGAGGGGGUGAUAAUGAACUGAUACAGUUACUUACAGACAUCCUGCUGUGCAUAAUGUGGAAAGGCAUUGAAAGAUCUGAUGAUGAGGCUUGGGUAGAGAGAGGACAGGUGUUUUCUGCACUGACUAAACUGGGAAUAUCUAAUGAGUUGCUGCGACCUUCUGAUGAAAUAAAACUCAACUUAUUGGAGAAGAUGUUAGAAUGGUCAGUCACUGAUAACAGAGAUUCUAAAGCUCUCCCUACACACUCUGAAAAUGCUUUCCGGCUCUUACUAAUUGUACAAGAUUUCCUGCAGGCAGAAGGACUUGUUAACUCAAACUUAUGGACAGAAAAGCUAUUGGAGGAAUUAGUGAUUCUUAUGGAUAGCCUGUCAGUCUGGUACUCUGCUGGCCCAGAAGCAGCCUGGUUUUCACAGGUGCAAGUCCAGUUGCUCCUUGGAUUCAUUGCGCAAGACAACUUACAGGUCUGUGCUAUGGCAGCAGCAAAACUGAACACCCUUCUUCAGACCAAAGUAAUAGAGAGUCAACCUGAAGCAUGCUACCUGUUGGGGAAGUUAGAAGGCAUCUUAAGUAGAUCAAUUGAAGAGAAGACAGAAACGUACUCAUUUUUGAUUCCACUCGUUCGGACGCUGGUAUCCAAAAUUUAUGAACUUCUCUUCAUGAAUCUGCAUCUCCCUUCAUUGCCUUCUACCAAUGGCAGCCCCUCUUUCUUUGAGGACUUCCAAGAAUAUUGCCGAUCUGAUGAAUGGAAGGUUUAUAUUGAUAAAUAUAUUAUUCCAAAUAUGAAGCAGUAUGAAGAAAACUCCUUCAGACAUGGUCAUGAGCAGAUGGCAGUUUAUUGGAAGGAUUGUUAUGAGGCAUUUAUGGUGAAUAUGCACAAGCGAGAUCGGGAGAGAGGAGAAAGCAAGCUGAAAUUUCAGGAGCAUUUUGUGGAACCGUUCAGCAGAAAGGCUCGACAGGAAAACCUGCGGUAUAACAGUAUGCUAAAGCAACUUCAUAGUCAACACACAGCUACUCUGAGACAGUGGAGAGCAGCCCAACUUUAUUUGCUCUCUGAACGUGGUCCUUGGUCUGAAAUGAAACAGCAUCCUGUUCACUGGAAACUUUCGAAUGUUGAAAAUUUUUCACGUAUGAGACUAAAACUGGUGCAGAAUUACAACUUCAACUCUCAUCAGGAUGCUAGUGACCUAAGAGAUAAUUUAGGUGUGUACCAGACACAACCCUCUAGUGAGUCUCUGCUUCUGGAGGUGGUGAAGCAGGUGAAAGUGAGUGACUUGGAAGAUGAUGUGCUUGAACUGCCAGAAGAAGACACAGCAGCCAGUUCCAAUAUGGAUGACAAGGAUGAACAGAGUCAGAAAGAAAAGCUAAUAUUGUCUGAAAACUGUGAACUGAUUACUAUAAUUGAUGUGAUACCUGGCAGACUGGAGGUCACUACCCAGCACCUAUAUUUCUUUGAUGGUAGCAUCGAAAAAGAGGAGGGGGUUGGUUUUGAUUUCAAAUGGCACAUUUCUCAAAUUCGAGAGAUACAUCUGCGUCGGUACAACCUGAGGAGGUCAGCUUUGGAGAUCUUCCUUACAGAUCAAACCAACUACUUCCUCAACUUCAAUAAGGAGGUAAGAAACAAAGUAUACAGUCGAAUAUUGUCACUGCGUUCUCCAAAUAUUUCUGGGACCCGAUCUCCUCAGGAGCUCUUUAAAGCUUCAGGUUUGAUGCAGAAAUGGGUGAAUAGAGAAAUAUCCAACUUUGACUACCUUAUUCAGCUGAACACAAUGGCAGGACGAACUUACAAUGAUCUUGCUCAAUAUCCUGUGUUCCCCUGGAUUUUACGAGAUUAUACAUCUGAAGAACUGGAUCUGAAUAAUCCAGCAGUCUUUAGGGAUCUAUCCAAACCCAUUGGAGUGGUAAAUGAGAAGAAUGCUAAGGCUGUGAAAGAGAAAUAUGAUAAUUUUGAGGAUCCCCUUGGAGUGAUUGACAAAUUUCACUAUGGGACACACUACUCAAAUGCUGCUGGUGUCAUGCAUUACCUCAUUCGGGUAGAACCUUUCACAACUCUUCAUAUCCAACUUCAAAGUGGCAGGUUUGAUUGUGCUGAUCGACAGUUCCAUUCUAUUCCUGCUACCUGGCAAGCACUCAUGGAUAACCCCAAUGAUGUCAAGGAACUUAUUCCAGAAUUUUUCUACUUCCCAGAAUUCCUGGAGAACCAAAAUGGCUUUAACUUGGGUCAGCUUCAAAUUUCCAAAGAAGCAGUAAAUGAUGUUGUUCUCCCCAAGUGGGCCCAUUCCCCAGAGGACUUCAUUUAUAAACAUAGAAAAGCUCUGGAAUCAGAGUAUGUUUCUGCUCAUCUUCAUGAAUGGAUCGAUUUGAUUUUUGGCUACAAGCAGAGGGGACCAGCUGCAGUGGAGGCACUCAAUGUGUUCUAUUAUUGUACUUAUGAAGGAGCAGUGGAUUUGGAUGCUUUAACAGAUGAGAAGGAAAGGAAGGCUUUAGAAGGGAUGAUAAACAAUUUUGGACAAACUCCCUGCCAGCUGUUGAAGGAGCCCCAUCCUCAGAGGUUGUCAGCAGAAGAGGUAGUGCAAAGACUAACUAGAAGUGAUACCUCUACUCUGAAUCUCUUCCAACACCUCACUGAACUGAAGUCAUUCUUCAUAGAGGGAAUCAGUGAUGGUGUCCCUAUUGUCAAAGCUGUUGUCCCCAAGAAUCAGUCGCGUUCCUUUAUGUCUCAGGGAAGCCCAGAGAUAUUGGUAACAGCAAGUCUAAAUUGUAUUAUUGGAACCCAUGGUUGGCUGCCUUAUGAUAAAAACAUCUCCAACUAUUUUACAUUCAUCAAAGAUACUACAGUGACAAAUCCCAAAACACAGCGUAACAUGAGUGGUCCUUUUGCACCAGGACUGGAGAUCACUUCCAAGUUGUUUGCAGUAUCUCAUGAUGCAAAACUCCUCUUUAGUGGAGGACACUGGGACAAUAGCAUCAGAGUAACAUCUCUUACAAAAGGCAAGCUGGUUGGACAGCACAUCAGGCACAUGGAUAUUGUGACCUGCUUGGCGAUAGAUUACUGUGGAAUUCAUUUAAUUUCUGGAUCCAGAGAUACAACCUGCAUGAUAUGGCAAAUAGUUCAGCAGGGAGGAAUGCCUGUAGGCCUGACACCUAAGCCAUUACAGAUCCUUUACGGGCAUACUGAUGAAGUUACAAGUGUUGGCAUCAGCACUGAGCUGGACAUGGCAGUGUCAGGAUCCAGGGAUGGGACUGUUAUUAUCCGCACCAUUCGGAAAGGUCAGUACAUGAGAACUUUGCGACCACCUUGUGAGAGUUCCCUCCUGCUGACUGUUCCUAAUCUGGCUGUGUCCUGGGAAGGCCAUAUCGUUGUCCACACCAGCAUAGAAGGAAAGACCACUCUUAAGGAUAAGAAUGCAUUACACCUCUAUUCUGUUAAUGGAAAGCAUCUGGGUUCUGAGACUCUGAAGGAAGAAGUGUCAGAUAUGUGUGUGACUGGCGAGUAUAUUGUGAUGGGCAGCUUACAGGGAUUUCUUUCCAUACGAGAUCUCUACAGCUUGAAUCUGAGCAUCUCUCCAUUAGCCAUGCGACUGCCAAUUCAUUGCAUUUCUGUCACCAAAGAGUAUAGCCACAUCCUUGUUGGCUUGGAGGAUGGCAAGUUGAUUGUCGUUGGUGUUGGCAAGCCAGCAGAGAUGCGCUCAGGUCAGCUUUCCCGAAAGCUCUGGGGAUCAAGCAAACGGCUCAGCCAGAUUUCAUCAGGAGAGACUGAAUAUAACACUCAAGAUUCCAAGUGAUUGCUGCUUCUACCUUCUCUCAUGGAUUCCAGAAAUAUAUUUUAUAUUUUGGUCACUUUAAAUGUACAUCUGUUUUCAGGGGCUUCACUCUCUGUCUGUUGAAGAUGAACCUAUGGUAGAGGUAUAGUAAAAAGCAUAUGUACUCAUGCAAGUUAGCUUGCUUGCAUAUUUUUCCUUAACCACAUUGAUUUGGUUACAACAGAAUCUCUCUCUAAAUAGCUGCUAAAACAGGGUUUCAGGGAAAAAAAGCAAAAAGCAGUCAAACAAAAGGAAAUGGACACAAAAACCAAAAACACCAGACCUCCAAACCCAAGCCUUGCUAAUUGAACCAAAAAUAAGUAGUAUUUGAUUUAAAACUGGCUCUAUUAGCCAGAUGCUCCUUGACCACAAGAAAGAUACUUGGCAGUGCUUGGAGAGCACUAAUUUUCUAACAGUGAAUUAACUCUGUUACAGCGGUACUAUUCAAAACCAGUAUAGUUGACAGUUAUGAUCUUUUCACUAUGUCUUUAGACCAAUGAAUAACUUCUUGUGAUUUGUUCCUGUAAAUGGCCAUUGCUGUUAUCUUUUGUGUAGUUUCAAUUUUAGGCUGUCUGCAAGGAGCAUCUGUGUUGUACUACUUGAUUAUCAAAAAUUCUUAAAAGUACAGACAUGAGUAACUUCAAAAGAUUUGAAGGUGAUGGAUGAGCUGAAGGAGGUAGGAAAACUUGCUGCUAAAGAUUGUUUAUAUUUUUAAGUAGAAUAAAACAGGAAGGAAUCCCAUAAUAUAGUUAAUAUCUUGAAGAAAUACAGAGGAGGAAUUGCAUAUCCAUGUCAGUUAAAGGUCAAUCUUUAUUAGUAAGGCAACUCCUGCAAAGAAAAAACAAAUUCUAUUGCAAAAUCAUUUUAACAUUACAGCACAGAUUAAAUAGCACCUGUUCUUUUUCUUGGCUUAGUAUUCACCAAAGCACUUGCUAGCUAUACUUUUUUUCUGUUAAGCAGGAAAAUAGUGUAUCUGCUUUCAAGAUGUGUUUAAUAGUGGUGAGAAGAAAAUAUCAGAUCUAUACAUGCUCAUUACACAACAAAACAGUUUUUAAUUAGAUGCUAUAUUUUUGAAAAGCCAUUAUUGAAUGUUUUCUUAAGCAAUAUAUGAUAGAGGAGUGUUUUCCUAUCAUUCUGGCCUUUUUAAUAAUAUCAAUGAUAUAAAUUAUAAUCCCCAUCCUGUUAAAAGCCUGGUGCUGAGGGAAAAAUAAGUUUUUUUUUUGACUGGCAUGAGAAGGUAUGUGUGUAUAUGUGUCUGUGUGUAUAUAUGUAUAUACAUGUAUGUAUGUCUAUUAAAAAGAGAAUAUCAUUCCUCUUGUAUCUUUCUGAUGCAAGUAGAGUACAGAUAAAAAGCAGAGUUAGAAGUGGUUGUUUGAUAAUAUGUUCCCUUUUGGCUACCAUUCUCUUCCCUCUGCCAUCACCUUUUUGUUAUUUCUAUUUAUUUAUGGAAAUGAAUGUGCGAUGUACCUCCUAUAAAGAUUAUCAGAUAUAUAUUCCCUGUGACUGGGGACCUGAUGAACUACCUGAGGAACUCCAUUGUGUAUAAUCUCAUUUCAUUAACUUUUGGCACAAUAUUUAUUAUCUUUAUUUCUACAUGGUUAAUCCCUGUUCCUGGAAAAAGAUAAUUUUUAGAAGUUCAGUUAGUUUCACUAAAACUGUAUCCUCUUCCUCAACGUCUUUACUUCAAAAAAAAAAAAAAAAAAAAAAAAAAAAAAAAAAGAAAAAAAAAUCCUCUUGUGGGGAUUCCCCAUGUUCUGGGGAAUAAUGUUAUUUUUUCUCAACUUUAGAGGAAAUAGACUAGUGAGAAAAAAUGGGUCUAUCCAUAGUUGCAAUAUUCUAAUUAAUCACUGUGACAGACUGGAUUGUCUAGAAGGUUAAGAAAAAAUAAGAGUAAUUUGAGUCACCUGCCAAGAGAGCAUUAAAUUUCUGAAAGUGAAGUGGUUCAUUUUUUUUCAGACUCCAUACUUUCAAAGUGAGAACUGCUUUUGUCAAUUGCCUAUCCAGGAGGAAGAAUAAGGUGAUUCUGGAAGUAUAAAGUGUGCACAUCAGAAUGUGAAGUAAGCUUGUCCGUAAUGAUUUCAUGAAGAAGGGAUUUCAGGGGAGAUCUUUGGAGAGUAGUUUUGGGAAGUUGUAAAAGAACUCACUUGGGGCAUUACAUUGGUUUUUGUAAGUAUGCAGAUAUGUUCUAUUUAAAUGCAUAUAUGAAGUUAAGGGUAUGAAUGCAGAGGAAGGGAGAGGCAAUAACAUUUCAAGUUAGCAGAAUCAAGUAGAGAAAAAGCAAAAAUGGUUCUUUUAUAGUGUUUGUGAAGAAAAUCCUUAUCACUUGCUCAGAGGUUCACAAAUGUUUGAAAAAUGUCUUAUUGUGUUUAGGUUAUGUUUAUACAAGAGAAUAACUUUAAUAAUUUAAUAUUCAAGAAUAGUGAAUGCAGUGUGUUAGCUUACGUAAUGUGUAAUGUAGUUGCAGCAAUUGGGGAUGGGAGGACUUCUGGCGAGGAGCUUUGACAUUUGAAUACCAUCGUUUCAGGUCAUUGUGAGUAUUAGGUGAUCAUCAGUCUAUCUGAGCCAGGUUGAAAUGUGGACAGUUUUGGAGCAGAUUUGAUAACAGCUUGUGCUCUGCACAAAACAGCAGAAUGAGAAAAGGUGAGCUCUGAGCUACUUCAUCUUCUAUGCAGAAUAGCAGCGUAUGUUACCUUUUCAUCUUGUACACCCCUCAUCCUGAAGGAUCGUGUACACCACCACACAGUCAAUAUUCUUGCUAGACCCACUGGAAAGUCCCCAGGGGUUCUAAGGUCUGCACUUUGCCUUUAUCUGAAACCAGCUUUGAAUAAAGAUAUAGGUAGUAGUAAGUUUGAGCAGUAGGUGGCAUUUUGCUUAAUUUCUUCGUAUGUCUUUCAAGUAGAAAGUCUUUUUAUUUCUGUCAGCUGUUCAGGCUAAUUGAAUUGCAGUCUAUCAUUGCAGUACAGAGUAUAUGACUGAAUUAUUGAUCUUUUACUUUCCUCAAGCCAAGUAGAGCAUAUUGUUUUUCAUGUUGAGUGAGACAUUUGUGAAAUUAGAUUUAAGUGUAAAAAAAGUAAAGCUGUGAGACAAAAAGUAUUCUGAUUAGGAAUUGAGAAUAAACAGUGCACAGUUAUUUUGUAACACUACAUUUGUCUAGAUCUUGUUGCUACUUCCUUUCAUUUCUUUUUUGGAACAUCCUUAAUGAUGUUUAUCAAAGCUAGAGAUACGCUUACCUCUGAAGCCAAGUAAGGAAGUGUGUAAAUAUAUAUUAAAAAAAAAAAAAAAAAAAACAACUGAAAACUUGCUUUUGCUAUUUGUAUAUAAAUUAGAUUGAGAAGUUAGCAGUAUUGAAUAAAUUCUUCCUAGCAUUUGAAAUUGCAUACCAAAAGAUGAUAUUUAAAAGACAUUUCUCCUUUACUUCAAGUAAAACAUUUGUUAGAUUUCUCAGUUGGCUUGUAAUUCUUGAUACUAUUUCUAGUAUUUUACCUGUAGUGAAGAAUCUUGUCUAGCCUUGGCAGUUUUUAUACUAUACCAGCAUUCAGAAAGUGAAAUGUUUGCAGUUCAAGUUAGCAUCAGACUUAGAUGAAUUACACCACAUCAAUAUACUUAUCUACUACUCCGUCAUAAAGUUAUAGACUAUCAUGAAACUGUAUCAUCUGUCAUCCAUGUACCUUACCAACACCAGCACAAAAUGAUAAUCUCAGUCUUAAAUUAACUGCAUUUUUCUUGCAUAUAAAUAUAUAGCCUAAUACCCUAAGGCCUGAUCUAAUAAAUAUUGCUAGAUAAAAACACUGUGUAGGGUCACAUUUAAUUUGGUGGGAAUUUAAGCAUGUACUUCGGUGCUUUUGCAAAUGGGCUCUUUAUGCCUUUUGGUUUAAAACCUAUGUAGUAUUCAGUGAUAAAUGUGACACUGUUAGUAAUCAGUUGCCUAUGAAGUUCCUGCUACGGAGUGACUUAAGCUGUGCAAAUGUAUACACUCUAGUUACUAGCAUAUAUUACCAAAAUCUCCGGAAAGUAUUACAGAUGGUUGAAGACAGUUCUUAAAUGAGAUAUACCACAAAGUGCUACACUUCUCCAGACUUUGUUUUCAUUCACUGAACUUGAUCAUUGUUUUUGUGAAUGGUCAGUCAGAUUUGGUGCUGUAAUAGGUAACAGCACAGCAACUACAAUGAAGCUAAUGAAGAGACUUUAAUACAACAGAUUGUAUUAACUUGCUUUGCUUUAAAAUUGUGCGUGUUUGUUUGGCUAAGUCUAAGCAGAUGCAGGCAGUGAUACAAGAGGUACAUCUUCCUUUUGGGGAGAGAAGAAUUUUGUGCAAUCUCAUGUAUGUAGGUUCGUUAUAUACCAAUGCCAGACUUAACCAAAGUGUUUGGAAGAUGCCUUUCUUUCCAUCCCAGGGAACAAAUUUCUUGUUAUUAAUAAUAGCUCUUGUUAAUGCAUACUUGUAAAACAAAGCCAGCCUCUACAGUUAACAAUCAGUAGAACACCAUCUCCUCCUUCAGUACUAUAGUUGUCAGAAUGCAGAAAGGCCUCUGAGUGGCAGCAUAGCAUCACAGUUUACUUUUCAGUCAGCUGUAUUAUUCAUUUUACUGAAGUCUUGAACACUCUACAGGUGUGCUUGUACUGUUUAAUCAAAGACAGUCUCAGUUUUUGUCUCAAAGACAGUCCAGUUUUUGCUCACCUUUUUGUUGUGCAUCACUGGAAGAAUACUGAUGUUUUUAGUUACUGUUUACCAAAAUGACUCAAACAGAGUUCCUCCAGUUGUGUGUGCUUUCUAUUUUCGUUUGAUGGAAUUGGGUAACUUGGAAAGUAUUUCCAGACCUUCCAGGUCUGUGACUAGGCUCUGUGCAGAGACUGUUGUAACUAAUUUCUCGUCCCAAAAGCAUGAUUGUCAGUGCAGAUUAUGGUUUAAUGCUGCUAAGAUGUCUUAAGAUGGAAAGACAAAACAUCUAGCCAUACGUACCGUAAAUCUAAAUGAAGUUAGAAACCAUUUAUUGAUUUAAUUUCCUAUCUAGUCAGCAUUUUCUCAUGAGAGAGACGUUUUUGCUUUGCAGUAACAGUUUAUUUUAAACUUAAAUGUGUACCUGGUAAUACUGCUUUAGUUGUAUGCAGCUGUGAUCUAUUAAAGAAAGCCAUGAGGAGGAAAAAAACAACCAAAACAACAACAAAACAACGAAAAUUUGCUACACGUGUCCUGAUCCAACCUUUAGCUAUGCAGGAGCAUCUUCAUGUAAGAUUAGGCAAACGCUGCUUUUAGACUUACCUCUCACUGGUCAGUCUUCUGUUGGAAGUUUUGCUGCUACUCAAAGUUUCUUUGAUGAAAUUCAGUAAGAAAUUAUUCGAUAUGCUUCAGCAUUUGUUUAAAUUUAUAAAGCUAAAAAGGCAGUGCAAAGGCCUUAUUUAGAGCAACAGUUAAUAAUGUCUUCUGACUCUUACACAUUGUGCAAUUGUGGUUACAAAUGAAUUUUUAAAUGCCAAAAAAUGCCUUUUCUUAAAAAAAAAAAGAGUUAAAUGUUAGGUCUGAGGAGUAUUAAGUAUGUACUUAUGAAAAUGAGCCUUCAGGCACUGUAACAAACUUGCUGUUAGUCUUCUGUGCAAUAUCUCUUUCCCUUCUGGGUGCUUUAAGUGUAUACUGUAUGUCUUAUUUCGGUUUGAUCAGUAUGUUUUGAGAGUGUGUAUAUUAGCUAAUGAUGGAAUUUUUUUUCUGUACAGCAUGGUGGAAGAUGUUUUAAAAUUUUGCACUUUUCUAGGAUUUGUGAGUUUGUAACCUAACAAUUUUUAACAUGCACAAUUUUGUACAUAAUUAGCACUGUAUAUAUUUAAAAUGAGUAUGAUGCCAAUAAAAAUAACUGAAUGCAAAA